AAUGCGAGCGGCGCUAGGGCCCCGAAGCUGGGGAUGCCAGAGGCUCGGGCCCCGCUCUCGGCUGGGCCAUGGCCCCGCGGCCCAAGGCCUUCAAGAUCCGCAGCCUGCGCGGCCCCCAGAAGUACGGGGUGGCGGCGAGGAGCCUGCCGGAGCUGCUGCGCAAGGGGGGCAAGCUGCUGCAGCUUUCUUUUCCUGACUGCCGGCUCUGUUUGUUUGAGGAUGGGACAGAACUGACUGAAGGUUACUUCCAGAGCAUUCCAGAUAAUACGGACCUUAUACUACUAGCCCCAGGGGAGACCUGGCAGGGUUUUGUCAGUGACAUAGAGCACUUCCUAAAUACAUUUUACACACAAAAAGAUGACAUUGUUGAGGCUGCACAAAAGCUGCUAUCAGAUGAGCAGGCUCCCAAGAGACAGAAGCUUCUAGUGGAUCUCAUUCAAAACCUAAAUGAAAACAUUUUGGCGGAAAGCAGAGAGGAAGACAGAAAGUGGUUUGAAGGUGUAGAGUCUCGCUUUAAGAAUAAAUCAAGUUAUAUGAGAUACAGUUGUGAAAGCAGAAUACGAAGUUAUAUGAAAGAGGUUAGCAGUUAUACUUCAGCUGUUCAUCCAGCAGCACAAGCAGAAUAUAAAAGAAUAACUGACCUUAUGUUGGAUAAACUGAAGUCUGUUAAAUAUAAUGGCUGUUACUUUGACAGAAGAGAAGAGGCGGUGGUCCGCCUCUGCACUACUGAGGGAUGGUUCUCCUGUCAAGGUCCUUUUGACAGGGAUUACUGCGUGUGUAAGCAUUCCAUCAAUCCUUACAGUAACAGGGAGAGCAGAAUCCUCUUCAGUACAUGGAAUCUCGAUCAUAUAAUAGAGAAGAAACGUACUAUUGUCCCAACACUGGCGGAAGCUGUCAAAGAACAAAAUGGAAGGGAAGUGGCCUGGGAAUACUUCUAUCAGUUGCUGUUUACUCUGGAAAAUUUAAAACUAGUGCAUAUUGCUUGCCAUAUGAAAACCAGCCAUAAUCUUACCUGUGACAAAACUAAAAUAUACAGAAAAAGAAAGCGUAUGCAGAAGGUUUCAAAGUGACUUCCCUAAAGGUGGCUCUUUGCUGGGGUUUUCUAAAUUAUUUCAAAUGACACCAUUUUUAAUAUUUCUAAAAUUCGUAGUGAAAGAACAUUAUAGAUUGAUCUCUUCUUACUAAAUUCCCUAAUAUAGAUGUGGCUGCAAUCAAACCUAGUUCAAACAUUUGUCAUUCCACCUUUCAUACACUUGCUUCCUGAGGCCCUAGUUCAUUUUCCAAGCAACUUGCAUAGUUUAUAGAAUGUGAAAUAUAGUUUAUAUAACAGACUUUUUAUACCAAGCAUCCUGGCCCUUUAGCCAUAGGUACAACCUAGGCAGUUGAAGUCUCUCCCAAACCCAAUCAUGUUGGCUUUUUUGUCUCACAUGAAGCCAGACAGGAGUGCUGCCUGGAAAUAAAGUUCAGUCUCUAUAACUGAUUCAAUCCUGGCCAGUUUUAUAGGCAUGCCAAAAAUGGGAAAAGUUGUACCAACGUGGACCCCACUAAAUGACUUUGAGGGAGAUUUUCAAAGGGUACCUAAGGAAGUCAGCAGCAUAGAUCCCCUUAAAAUUCAUUAGGGCCUGUACUUAAACAUUUAGACAUUUUAGAAAAUUUCCCCCUCCACUGACCACAAACUGCCAAAAGGGUAAAGACUUAACAUGUUCAGAGCUAGAACUGAUUGAGAGAUGAAAGGCUUAGUAUCCCAUUACCAAUCCAGGCUCUGAUCUCUUUCUUACAUUAGAAGUGCAGGUCCAAGAAGCAAGCUCCAGCAAAGGGCCACCUCAUUAAUUUCCAAGUGCUCUGGAACAACAAUGCACUUAGUUAUUGCUUUCAACAUUAAGUCUGUGAGGUAGUUAAGUUGGUUUACAGCUGGGCAAACAAGCCCUGUGCCUUAGAUUUACCAAAGGCCACCACACACUCAGUAGCAGAGCUACUACCAGUCCUGUGUCCCAGGGAUCUCUGCUCUAAUCUACUAAUGACUCCCAUUUUUAACCUAUCCUAUUAUUUUGCGUACAUAUUUUCUAAAGCAACUCUGUCAGUGGUGCUAGAUUCUGUCUUUUUUUUUGGUUCAUGUUCUGAUUUUGUUUUUUUAAAUACCAUCUUUCAACUUCCUUGGCUGCUUGACUUUUCUUGCAGUGUUGUACAGUUCUACAUAUGUAGGAUAUUAUAGGAAAAGGUAUUGUAUGUUCAAUAUCUUUAAUAAUUGUCUGUUCAGCUGUGCUCCCCUCUACCUCUUAAUUAUGUAGUACAAUGUGAAUGAUUUUUUUUUUUUAAAAAGGCCAUCUGAAAUCAACUGAAUUCUCAGGAACUAUGUAAAUGUAAAACUUCAAUGUAUUUUUAUAUAUUUGUUUAAUAAAGAUCUUUCAGGCAUCUUUUGCCUUGUAAGUAAGUAUAAAGGAGAAACAAGGUGUGUACAAGCAACUAGUGCAAAAUCAAAUGAACUAAGACUCACUUCUGAUAGAGUGAAGUAUAAAUUGGUCAGGCUAGAAUAAUGUCUUUGUGGCACAGAGCUGUUUUUUUUUUUUUACAUUUAGUGAAACACUACUCACAACAUGCAUUUCUUCUCUUCUCUCUAGAGAGGUCUCUCUUUUCAUGUACUUCUCUCUCUCUUCCACCACAAACACUGCUCCAAGUAGGAUUAGGUUAUUAGUACAAAAGUACGAUCUUAUUGUUCAAAGUGGGGAAGUUUUACUAUAUACAAAAUAAAGUGAGUAACAAACUCAGAAAAUAACCAUUCAGCAUUGCUGCUAUACAAUGAGCGGGUGCAUUUUUAAAGCAGGGCUAGGGCAGUCCCAAUAGGUACCUGUCCCCGUUAAUUUUUAAACAUAUACUUCUUCACACAAUCAAAACAAUUGAGCAGUAAUCUGUAACUGUUUUAAUACCUGUCAAUAAGAAAUCUACACACUCACUCCAGGAUAUGAUUUUUGGAGAUGUCAUAACAAAUGAAGAUCCUGUUCUUGCCCUGCUGACAAAUGUAAUGUGGUCUAUACAGUAUGUUCCCUAAAUAAUUUAACAUCACCCUUCAAGAUGCUAUUAAAAAUAAAUGUUAUUCCACCUGAAUAAGCACUUAUGAGGGAAAGUGGUUCACAAAUAAAUCCCCAAAAGCCU